AUGUGGAAAGAGGGUAGGCGCUGGCAGUUGGGACAGCAGGGCUGGGCAGAAGAGAGGCGGUCACUUGGACGGGCUGUUGCAGCCUCUGCCGGCGUCCGAGACGGGGUCAUGUCAACGAUGAGCUGCUCGACAGUCUCAUCACUACUCACGCCCCCGCACGAUGCACCACCCGUCGCUGCAACCGAGUCUCGGAAACGAGGUCGAGCCAGCAGCAACAACAACAUGCUUCUCCUCAUCAUCAUCAUCAUCAUCAUCAUCAACAACAACAACAACAAGGCAUCACAAAGCUAUGCCCACAAGUAG